UCGACGCAUAUUCCCAUUCUUUCCACCAACAUGAAGUCAAUUACUCAAAUCGUAGGCGUCUCUGCCGUGCUCCUCGUUCUCUGCUGCCUAAAUUAUUCGGAAGCCGCUAAUACCACCAACACUGCUAGUAGUGACUACUCCGACUCGAAUGACAACCCCAAGCAAGUGUACGUUUCCGAUCUCACCUACUCGGCUACGAGGAAAAUCCGCGUGGCCACCACGACCGCCAGCAGCACCAGCAGCCGGAGUUCCAGGACCACGAACAACAGGAAACUGAACGCCAAGAAGACGCAGGCCCGGGGAAGGAAGGCCAAUCGGGGCCAGGCCAAGCGCUCCGGCAACAGGAAGUCGAACGCCCGCCGGGUCAGGCGUUAAGCUUGUUAUCCAAUCGUUUUUGAAGACAUUGUUUUAUUUUGAGCUCUCUCUAAACACAAAACACUUAAGUUUACCGUCGCAACGGGCGAAUUAAAUUAGAUAAAUACGUAACUUGUA